AUGGACAACGAGGUAGGCAACGAAGCCCUAUGCGGAGCGUCGCUUGAUCAGGCAUGCCCCUCCAACGGCAACGAUAACGGCGUCAGCCACCACCGGCGGUUUCCGGAGACAACGAUCGCGGUAGUGGCGAUCCUGCUGGGGGCAACACUGAUAGCCUUUAUAGGAGUGUGCAUCUUCUUCGUCUGCCACAAGAAAAGGUCCCAACAAGGCGGGGCAGGGGCUGCCUCUGCCUCCGCCGCCGCCACCCCCGCCGCAACGGCAGAUGUGAAUGAAAUGGAAAGAGGCGCGGGUGCGGCAGCAGCAGGCGGGUCGGAGAGCGGGAAGCCAAGCGUGAGGCUGCUGACAUUCCUGAAAGAAGAUUCAGAGAAAUUCGACAUGCAAGAGCUGCUGAAGGCGUCGGGGCCUUGCAGGUGGAGGUAUUCGAUGCCUCAUGCAACUCCGAGGGCGAUGCCGGACCUCAUCUCCCAGUUCAACGGCGUCCGGCCGCCUCCCUUGUUUCCUGAUCAACAACCACCAAGAAUUUGCUAUCACCAAUACUGA